AUGCCCAGCCGCCGGACGUUUGCCUGGCGUAUUCGGCACAUGUCGUACGAGGAAUUCCGCGCGCAAGAACCACCGCAGGCGCGCCUGCUGCGUCUGCGCGGCCUAUUCGACUUGCUAGUCGAUCAGGAUAGCUCGUCGGCCUUGGCAGGCGGACGAGCGAAGCAAAUGUGGCGCGCGCGCGCAAGUCGAGCCAGAUACGGUGCAGGAGGUGAUUUGGCGGUAGGAAGUUUGGUGUCGCCGCCGCUCACCGCUACGACAGAUGGCACGGGUCACCAAACGCCGGUGCGAGAAUGGCUGUCGCUCGUGCGUCGUAACCGCUAUGCAGCCGAGCUUCUGGCAGAAUGCCGCACGCGCCGUGCAGAGCUCGAGAAGCGUGAUCGUGAGAAGCACUCGCAGCACGACGAGAACCACAGCUCCCUGCACAGGCAGUGGCACUGGCUUGUGUGUAUGGUGCGGGAGGAGGUGGGCACGCCCCCUGUCUCGCUCCUUCAGCGCGUGCGCCACUGGAUUGGCCACAGCGACGAGUCGCCACUGAUGCACCGCGAGUCCGGCUGGAAAGGCUCGCGCGUGUGGGGCCUGCGUGCCAUGGAAGGCCGCACGAACAAAAACGAUACCCAUGGGCCGCCUGAAGACAAACAGUCCAAGGCGGAGCGCGUGCGCCAACGGCAGAUCGAGUGGGAAGGAUUCGUGGCCUUUGCUGAAAUCCAGGAGCGCGAGUUGUAUCGUGCCUUUAACGAAAUGGAUACCAAAGAGGACGGCUUGUUGGACGAGCAAGAGAUCUGCGCGGCCCUGGAAAAGAGUGGGCUUCGCCCGGCGCAGCCUGUGCUGGACGACCUAAUCGCAAGUUUGGCCUCGUCGGGCGUGCAGGACGUCAAGGAGCUGCAUGAAAAAGAUUUGUAUGUAACGUUCCCCGAGUUCCGCGACUACCUGCUGCUGCUGCCGCGCAAGCCGACCAUCUCCGAGAUUUACCACUUUUACCAGGUGCGCAAGGCGGUGGGGCUGUUUGGCAAUGAGGGUAUUUUUGCCGAGCUGGGGCACAAUUGGGGCAAGUCGGCGCGCGGCGUGACGUCGGUCAAUUUCGACGGUGAUACCAUCUUCUCCGGUGAAUUGGCCGACGAAUCGACGACGCAUCCAGAGGGCCGUACGGAAAAUACCAGCACCAAGGGGCCGAAGUCCGAUGUGGUCAAGCUCGAUGUGGCGCUCAAGUUCCUCCUGGCUGGUGGCAUCGCCGGCGCUGUGAGCCGAACGGCCACGGCCCCGUUUGAUCGUGUCAAGGUGUACCUGAUCACCUCGCAGGCCGUGUCACCUGCGGCCGGGACGCCGGUUACUCGUUUCUCGCCCCUGGGUGCCCUGGGCCAUGGCAUCUAUGCGAUCUACCAGGAAGGAGGUGUGCGUGGCUUUUGGCUCGGCAACGGGCUGAACUGCAUGAAAAUUAUUCCCGAGUCGGCGAUCAAGUUCUUUACCUACGAAUACAUGAAGCGCUUUUUUGCGCGUUACGUUGAUGGCAAAUCGGAUUCGCGGGAUAUUAGCGGUAUGAGCCGCUUUAUCAGCGGCGGUGUAGGUGGGAUCACUUCGCAGUUGUCCAUCUACCCGAUUGAGACGCUGAAGACGCGGCUCAUGUCGAGCAUGUCCAACCCAGGACAUGUGCGAGGUAUGGCGCUCCUGGGCCAGACGGCGCGCGAGAUGUGGGCGCGUGGUGGGCUGCGGGCGUACUACAGUGGCCUGGGUGCCGGCUUGUUGGGCGUCUUCCCGUACGCGGCGAUCGACAUGUCGACGUUUGAAGGCACCAAGCUGUUUUACCUCCGGUACACGGGCAAAGACGAGCCUGGCGUGCUUGCCCUGCUGACCUUUGGCAGUUUCUCUGGGAGCGUGGGCGCGUCGAUUGUGUAUCCGCUGAAUUUGAUCCGAACGCGUCUGCAGGCGUCGGGCACGCCGGCGCACCCGACGGUGUACAAGAGCUUCUGGGACGCCGCGUACCAGACGUAUGCCAAGGAGGGGUUCCUCGGCUUUUACCGUGGCUUGGGCCCCACGCUGGCCAAAGUUGUGCCUGCUGUGUCUAUCAGCUAUGUGGUUUAUGAUCAUGCAAAAAAGAGCUUGGGAGUCGCGUAG